CCGUCCUGCCCUGCCCAAGCGGUGUACAUUAUUCGCAGCCUGCACAAACCUGAGACAUAUAUAACUCGUCAAUCGCGCCCUCAUAGGCUCUCACUGCGUUUCACAAUCACGUCAAAAUGGCUACCGGAGAGAAGGGCUCGCUACCACGCCCCGGGUCAUCGCCUUCAUCCACUGACAAGGACUCUGCACUUUGGAUGUCGCCAACCAGCAUCUUCAGCAAGCAGCACCUUAUGGAGGAUGUCGAGGGCGAGAGGGCGACAUUUCCGCUUGCAGCUUACUGUUUCAUGACCGGCUUCGUCGAUUCUGUCUGUUUCUCAGCGAUAUUUGUAUGGUGUGCAUUCCAGACGGGCAACACCGUCCAGCUCGCACUCGCGCUCGCCCGCCUGUUCCAAGGACCGCCGGGAGAGCGUGAUACCUCAUUUCACCUUGCAGACAAGCAAGCCCUUACGUCGGUUCUCACCUUCAUCUUCGGUGCCUUCAUUGGGCGCAUCGGCGACCGUAUGGGCUCGAAGACCCGCGCAUGGCUCUUCCUCGGCACCUUCAUCCAGACUUUGUUCACAAUGUCCGCCGCGAUUUGCAUCUGGAAGAGCGGCCAGCCGAGCACUGCGGACGCUCGUUCAGAUCCGGCAUGGAGUAACGCUCUCUCGUUUGCUACCAUCGGCUUCAUGAGCGCGAGCAUGGGUCUCCAGGGCAUAAUGGGCAAGCGUGUGAAUACACAGUUCGCAACCACUAUUGUACUCACCACCGUCUGGUGCGAGCUUAUGGCGGACCCGAAGCUCUUCCAACUUCGUCGUGCUGCCUCUCGCGACCACAAAGUCAUAGGUAUCGUUGCGCUCUUUGUCGGCGGCUUCGCCGGCCGUGCCAUACUCGACUCAAUCGGCUCUGCUGGUGCCCUUGGUGUUGGUACUGGUAUCCGCUUCCUAAUCUCUGUUUGGUGGUUCUUCGUGCCCGGCAAGCAGACUCAGAAUAAGUAGAGUGCCGCACCUCUACUAUAGCUGGGGUGCCAACCCCAUGUGCAAGAUGAUACCAGGCGAAACUCAGAAGCUAGCCACUAGACACAAGACAUCGCACGUUCUUUACUUUUCGAAUUUCUGUAACAAGUUGUCUUGGGCUGCAUAGUACGCUAUAAUAGUUGUGAAUCGUGA